UUCAAUCAGAAUGCUUCUGUAAGGCCAAUGUCUCUAUCAACAAAAGAUCACCUGCAGGAACUGUUGAUCAGGAGUUGUAACCAUGAUAUAACCUUUCGGAACGACGAAGACAACAAGCCAUCAACUUCAAACCUGUUUGAUGUGAGGAAUGCAAUCACGGGGAUAGGGCCUAUUCGACAUAGCCGCUUUCUCGAGGAGAAGAAGUGGCCACCAAGAGAAAUGAGGUGCGAUCAAGGAAUAGAUAGGAGAAUCCCUGCAACCAUUAAAGCUUGGACUGCUACUUCUAGCUUGCAACCUCUAGCUAAUCAGAUUCAUCGUCCACCAAUGUGUGUUGAUGAUGAUAUCCUCAUGAUGCAACCUUCCAGAUGGAGCACCAACAGGCUUCAGACGAUGCAGUUGCAGAGGUCAUCACUGGAAAAUCAACCAAAGCCCGUGACGCCCGAGGUAGAAGAGAAUAUUGCAAGUUUAAUGAAGAACAAGAUAGAAGAGAAAGAGUGGUUACCUAAUUUGCAGCUAAGUUUGAGCCAUAGCUUCAAGAAAGAUGAGAAGAAGAAGGGUCAUGACAGCCCAAGAGAAGUGAACAUCAAUCUUUCUCUAUCUUUAUCAUCUCCCUCUUCAUCAUCGAGGGAACAAGCACAGUCUAGUGAAAAACAAAUGGAUGCUGACCAAAACAAAAACUUCUGUUCAUUACAAACGAAUUGCAGCAAUAAGGUCACAAUGAGGCUGAGUACUUAGGAUCUGACCAUGCUGUGAUCAUCAUCAGUUGAGCAUUGGAGUGAGAUCUUGUAGGUACUUGUCUUAGAGGCCAUGAGAAACAAUAUUGUUAUGCUGCUUACAAUAAGGUAUGCCCUACGUUAUACCUUCACUUAAAUUCUAUUUUAGGGUCAAUCUGUGCUAGCGCAGACUCGUCAUUAUAAGAUAA